AACCUUGACUUGGAGAAAAACGAGCAUUGAUCCAAGUGAGUACAAAAUGUCUGUGUUGUCUCAGAAGUCGCCGCCUGCCGUCACGUUCUCUCUUCCUCCCCACUACCAUUCCUAUCCCAAGCGCGUUCGUCUGCGUCUGCCACCGAUAACACCACAGCGAGAGCGACGGUGACAAUGUCGAUGUCUAUGGGCGACGACCACAGCAUGGGGAACGUGACCGGGCUCCCCCUAUCCGACCCACGCUGCGAUAGCGACGCCUGCGAUGCUUUCAAAGCCGCGCAUCAGGCCUCCCAGGCUGCUGUGUCGUACGACCACCAAUACGAUUACGGGCACUACACGACUUGGUACUACCUCGCUGUUAUCGGCGUCGCCACGGUCGUGUAUUCCUACCGUCUAUACCGGAACCGCAUAGCACGUUCCAGGACGUCUACUCCGCAGCAGUCCGGAAGAACGACAUCGACGCUGGCUCAUAAGAUCCUGGCCGUGUGCCGUUUUGUCAACUACCGCCACUCCAAGGGUCCCGUAUCCGACUACUUCGGCUUCCCGUCGCUAGGGACGCUGGCCUUCCUCGGCAUAACAUCGCUGUUCCUACUACUCAUGACGUUCUUGGUCCACCCGUACUAUCGCGGCCGCCGGGGCUACGGCUCGCCACCCCUUGCCGUGAGGACGGGUCUGAUGGCGCAGGCGCUGACUCCUAUUAUCGUUGCUCUUGCGGGAAAGGUCAACUUCAUCACCAUGCUUACGGGCAUCAGCCACGAGAAGCUGAAUGUUUUCCACCGCUGGGUCUCGUACAUGUGUCUGUUCCUGAGCAUCGUCCAUACGGUACCUUUCAUAGUCCAACCCCUGAAGGAUGGCGGGGCUGCUGCGCUUCGGAAGCAGUAUUAUAAACCCGGUGGUAUGGAGUAUACCGGAACUCCACCGUUAGGUAUCUUAGUAGGCAUCGUCGUGCUCUCUAUCCCAUGGAUUCGUCAUCGAUUCUACAAUUUCUUCUACCGGCUACACAUCCCCAUGUACGUCGUGUACUUGGGCCUUCUGUUCUGGCACUCGAAGCAGGAGAAGGACUCGUGGGUGUACCUAUACGCGACGCUCGCGAUCUGGCUAGCUUCGUGUCUCGUGCGUCUCUUUUACAAAUGGCAGACCUUCAGCAUUUUCCGGGAUUGGUUUCACGGUCUCCCGUCGAGAGUGGAAGAGCUUCCAGGUGGAAUGACCAAAGUAACAGUUCUGGCACCGGCGGACUUCCGAUGGAAGCCCGGGCAACACUGCUGGAUCCGAAUACCUCACUUAUCUAUCCUGCAGAACCACCCUUUCACAAUUGCGAACUUGCCAAAGAUUCCGAGCGCGGGUAUAAAAAGGGACUCAGACGUGCAGGAAAUAAUUUUGUACGUCCGAGCACACCAAGGCCUCACUCUCGACUUGCUGAAGUCCGUCGAGAACCACGACAUCGUUGAAGAUCGAGGACGGUCGGUUUCUAUCCACGUCGAUGGCCCAUACGGAGGAAUAGUAGAAGAUGUCCCCGCUCUGUACGAAUCCUUGAUAUUCGUCGCAGGUGGCAGUGGAAUAUCAGCGUGCCUCCCAUGGAUCCAAUAUACCGCGCGGCGCGUCGCCGAAGGUUCAGCAGCGGCCAAGAACAUUCAUCUCAUUUGGAUGGUUCGAUACGCGAGCCAAAUACAAUGGAUAACGGAAGAGUUGGAGCCUCUUAUCAAUGCUCAUCCAGAUCUGAUACAAGUAGACUUCUUCGUGACGAACUCGAGCUCGCCGACGGUUACGAGCACGGACUCGGAGAAGAAUUCCGACGGCGGAGUCGUUGGUGGUAAGCCAAGCGAGAAGAGCACAACGACAGUUAGUCCAAAACUUGGACAAGUCCAUAAUGAACGCCCCUACUUGCCUAACAUACUCCCUCCUCUCCUAACUGCGCGACGAUGUUUUAUUCUCGGCUGUGGUCCGGAGAGCCUGAGAACAGAUCUCGCAAAUGCGGCAUCGGCUGCACAGAAAAAAGUUCUUACCGGCGAAGUUGAUAUCGUCACAUUGCAUACAGAAUCAUUCGGUUGGUAAUUAAAAGGCGUACGUAGCAGGGACCUAAGUUCGUCGUGUUAGAGUUACGGAUUCAUUGCGAUAUCAUAUAAUUAGAAAACUUACUUCAGCUUAUCUCAUGCGAAACGACGGGUAGAUAUCCGGGAUGUAUCCCUAUGACGAUUCCGGCGUAAGCAUCGAAUGCGAAAUAAAAAAGAAUUUCAUAAACAAAUGACUUCAAGUUGCAUCUUUCAUCAGCUCACCAGUGCACCCAGCCAAUAUCCACACCACACCACAACAAAGACCGGCGUCCGUCCUCUAAAUGCCAACCAAUUAAAAGCUUGACUCCGUCUCGUUAGGGUAAGCCAGCUACCCCGCAACGGGUACGACCCACCGCGGAUUCAGGUUUUCGGAACCGCCUGGUCCCUAACCUAGCCCUUCUAGCCCACCGCCUAACAGCCCACCCAACCUACAUACGUACC